GGAUACCUUCCAUGUAAUUCUGAUCGUCGUGUAGCCACAUUAGCGCGUAAGCGCAAAGAGUAUGAAGAUAGCGUCUCCCAAGCGUAUGCAAGGGGAGUUGCUGGACUGGAUCAAACCAUAUGGCAUCAGAUUCAUAUUGAUGUUCCUCGAACAAAUCCUGGUAUUGCGCUUUACCAAUAUGAAACGACGCAACAGUCUCUGGAACGCAUUCUAUAUGUUUGGGCGAUUAGACAUCCCGCUAGUGGAUAUGUUCAAGGAAUUAAUGACAUUGUCACGCCAUUUUUUACAGUAUUCCUGUCUGCUUACAUAGACUGCGAUCCAGAAACAUACGAUCCGGGUUCGCUUCCAAAAGAAGUGUUAACUGUUAUUGAAGCAGAUAGCUUUUGGUGUUUAUCUAAAUUACUGGAUGGCAUUCAG